UCCUUCCAUGGAAAUGAAGUAAUUCAUGAUAAUCCGCGCGAACGCUCGCUGACGAGACCUACCCGUUCAUUUCCGUUCCGUUCCAUCCCGUCCCCGAACCUGAAGCGAAACCCUAGCGAGUUGCGCCGUGGCUGGUUGCUGGAUCGAGCUCGAGCCAGAUCCGGGUUAUUCCAAAUACCAUGACAAGCACGAGUACUGUCAGAACUGCACGCUCGAGGAAGCGAGCCUAUGAUGAUUCCAGGCAAAACGUUGAUGUUAUAAACUUGGACACAACCGUUCCGGUGGUGAAGACUAGGAACCAACGUGAGGCUUUGAUCCUUGUGGGUACACAGACCGCACCCAUUGAUGUUGAAGCGCUAGAUGAUACAAGGAGCAGAAAAGUUAUGAGGCGCCCUGUUGAUGUAGUGGAUCUGGAGAAGGAUACUGGCCAGGGAGGUUAUGGUGUUGCUGUAGCUAUAUUUUCCCGGGGCAUCAACUGUAAGGGAGCUCCACCUGUUAUAUGCCUUUCUCCAGAUAGGGAAGAAGGGACCAGUUUUCAGGCGAAAAAUGUAGGCCAAAUCAGUACAGCACCAAAGGAACCAAUUUUUACUUGUCCUGUUUGUCUGAACAAGUUAGACCAGCCGUUCACAACAAAAUGUGGUCAUAUCUUCUGUGAGAACUGCAUCAAGUCAUCCAUCAAAGCUCAGAAGAAAUGCCCUACUUGUAGGAAGAGUCUAGGCAUGAGGGGCUUCCACCGUGUUUACCUCCCUGCGACUGCUGAUUAGUUCUUUCUGCUGGCCUGAACCCCAAUACUCCAUUUCUGCACAUUCACCUCAUGUGCAAAAUUAGGCGAUUGAGGGAAUGUCUUUCUUGGUUAGUUCUGUAGGCUGACAAUAUUGCAAUGCACAACAAAAUUCUUGGCUUAUUGGCUAGAUUUGUACUACCUCCGUUUCAUAUUAUAAAUCUUUCUAGUCUUGGCUAAAUUCAUUCAUCGACAUAUGAUUUAUGUGUCUAGAUUCAUUAAUAUCCGUAUGAAUCCAGAUAAUACUAGAAAGUGUUACACUGCAAACAGAGAGAGUAUGUAAUAGUGUGCAU